UACGUUAUCAACGAAAACGGACACGUGUGAAUUCGGAGAAGAAAAUUGUAGACAGUAUGAAUUCUCUACGAUGGAGGAACUCAAGGAAAAACUCCUAAAUGACAAAGAGCUCGUUGAAUAUCUUACUAAACAACUUGAAAACAACAUGGAAGUUAACAUAAAUACUGCAGUCACUCAAGAUACUUCAGAAACUAACUUAAAGAAAAAUGGCUUCCACAAAGAAUAUAACGGUCUCUGGUAUAAGUACUUCGAGGAAAAAGAAAAAUUUGAUGUUGCGGUUUGCAAAUGUAAACAAUAUGAAGGCCGACUCAUCUCGACUGGAUACCGUGACUUCACUAUUCGAGAGCCGUUGCUUCAAACUACAGGUGGCGGGAACACAAAUUCAUUUUCCAGAUUCUGGAUUGGACUACGCAGAGACGACACAAAUACGAGUUUGUGGAAUUGGAGUGACGGUAUUCAAACAACCAAUACCGCAAAUAUAUGGAUGACAGGGGAACCAAACAAUGAUGGGGAUGGUGAAUUUUGUGGCAUGAAUAAACUCUCUGAAUCAGGCGAUGAAUCAGUUAACGACGCAUCGUGCAACGCGAAACUUGCAUAUUUCUGCGAAGUAGAAAUAAAGUAGGAUUGGUCAAAUAGAAGUACCUACAUCGGUGUCUGCAGUUCUUGGAACUGUUGAAUGAACAACAUUUGUCUCUCUGGCCUCUGUGACAAGAUAUAAGUCAAAUGUACUUUUAUUUUUCCUCUUUUUUUGUCCGAUUCCGUGUUGAUUUUAUUCCCCCAAAUGACUAUGACUCGGCAAGCAUGUUUUCUUGAACUUCUCCGGCUAUUUGACAAACUAUCUAGUUCAUUUCUGGACACUGGACAACCAGACGACAACGAGAUGAUGGAGAUGUCAUAAAAAAGGCGAAAACAAUUUUUCAAUUAGAUCUUAUCCCAUAGAAUUUUCAUUGUUGUUAUGUUGCAAACAAACUGUUUUAUUUGGAGUCAUUUAUAUGAAGUUCUGAGCCUCCGGCCCAGUAACCAAAUUCAUUAUCUGUAACUGGCCCACUCAUAAAAGUGAUUUCCCACCCCUGCUUCACAUCAAACUCAAAUCUACUUGGAGCCGCAACAUCUACUCUAAUGACAGAGGCAAUUAUAACUGUCAAAAAACCUCUUAUGAUGCAAUAAUAUAGUUUUUUACUAAAUUGAAGCAAAUGCAAUAAUUCAGUCAAUGACGAAAUAAAAAGAAUUUGUGGAAAGAAAAGUUUUGACAGACUUGAAUAACAACAAUGAGAACCAUUUCAACCCAGGUCACACUUCGGGGACCUCAGUGAUGUGUUUUUAGUGAGGUCUAUGGGUUUUAUGCCUCCGCCUUACAUUAUUGAAUCCUCACUGCUUCAAAAAAAUGCUGUAACCACUUUGAUUCACGGGAGCCAGAGCUUCAAGAACAAGAAUCGCUUCUAUAGAAUCACAUUUAAGGUUUUCUCUAAUUCGCUUUAGAGAAGCCUCCAACACUUUCAAACUGUCUUAUGCACUCAACAUCAAAACUACAAACGAAAAUCGUCAAAAGUGUAAACAUUUUUACCAGAAGAGAGAAUCUCGUAGUUAAUUAACAGUUAAAGACUUCAGAAGUUAUUUUCUAGCAGAGUAUUACAUUAGGAUAAUAGCUGUUAUCAAACUGUUGCAAUUCACUUUAAAAUAACACUACUGCGACGAAUCUUAUUUAUAGUAUUCUAUAUCGUACUUUAUGCUUCGAAUUUUUCAUAAAAUGUUG